AUGGAACAGUUAUUGGAAGCUAUCAGUGAUGCCGUCUCAUCGAUGGUGUUAUACUCGGUAGAGGCUGACGAGACCAAUGCCGCCAUUCCAAACAUCUUGCCAGGUGCUCACUCUGUAAAGACUACCGUCGACUACUUGGUCGACUUGGCCGAGAGAUCUGCAGGAUUAUGGAUGAACUUCAAUCAACCAGAUAUGAAGACAAAGAUGUUGGAAUCAUGCGCCAACAUUAGACAAGCAUGUAAUGAUUUGUUGGAGUCGGCAACGAUUCUUUCAAACAUGCCAUUCAACAAGCCUGCAAAGAGAACGUUGUUGAAGUCGGCCAAGGGCAUCAUGGAGCACAUGGUCGUGCUGUUGCAACAGGCCGAUCUCUACGAGGUCACGCGUCUCAUAAAGAAGGCCCGCGUCACAGACGCCAAGCUAAAGGUGCUGAUCGGUCUGGACCCGGGCGAGUCCUUCUUUGCCCAGGCCGCGCAGGACUUUGUCACGGCCACCAUCGAUCUGGGCAAGAUCGUCAACAAGCGCAUGACAGAGAUCGAUGACUUUGGAUGCAAGCGCAGGUUCGAGGAGGCCAACACUGGCAUCAAGGUCGAGGUGCCCGUCGUCCUGCAGUACUAUGCACUGUACCAGCGCGACCCCAACGACAAGCACAACCUCAACCUCGGCGCGCAGGUUGCCCGCAAGAUUUUCGACCUGAUCGAGGAGAUCAUCACCGUGGCGCGUCUCUCUGCCAAGUCUCCAUUCGAUCUUUCCAUGAUCUCUGGACUCGACCUCCGUGACGAGGAUGAUCUGCGCGAUGCUGCCAUCCUCAUUGCACAUGAGCGUGAGAAGUUGUUGUCAGCAAUUGAAUCUGGCGAUGGAAAGGAAGCAUCAAGAGCAUUGAAGGCCAUAAAGAAGGGAUUGAAUGAUGAAAUUGUUAUUUCAAAGGCGUUGGCAAAGUCUGCCGACAAUCCUAUCCAGAGAAGACGUAUGGAGCAUGCUGCACAGAAUGCACAGCGAUUGUUGGACUCGAUCAUUGCAGAGUUUGGACAGGCUGUUGAGGAGCUGCUGGCCCGCCCAGACAAUGCUCGUCUCUUGCACGCCCUCCAGGAGAACCUGGGCACGAUCAAGUCGGCCAGUGACCUCAUGGUCACCAGCUCGGCCAAGCUCACCUCAACCGACGUUGCCGACGCCGAGCGCGACCUCGAGCUGUCGAUCGAGAAGAUGAAGAGCGACAUUGCUCGCGGCGACUUUGUUGCCUCGCAGCACGACCUUGCCGAGAUCAGAGAGAACUUCAACAACGUGCUCACCUACCUCGACGGUCUGAUAAGCGCCACAGAGGACCCCAUGAUCAAGGCCCACAUCGAGAAGGUGGCCCACGACACUAGGUCCAGAGGCACCGCCCUCCUCGCCAGAAUCGAGGCUCUGCAGGCCAAGGCUGCCAAGAACCCACACGACCAGCAGACCAUCAACGAGCUCAACGCCGCUCUUACCGAGCUGCAGCAGAUGGGCCGUGACGUUGUCAAGUCCACAUCGAUUGGAACCUCCAACGACCUCUACCACAAGACUACAUCGAUCGAGGAGCAGCUGGCCAAGCUGCGUCAGAACGCCCUCGACGGCAACAAGAAGGAGGUUCAGUCAUCGCUGCGUGCCAUCCGCAAGGGUUUGUACGACGAGAUCAAUCUGGCCAAGUCCAUUGCUCGUACCACCGACGACGAGCAGGUCAAGGAGGCCCUCGAGGCCGCCAUCUUGGAGGCCGAUCAGAAGUUGCAAUCAAUGAUUGAGGACUUGUACAAGUUUGCCCAGGAGACCGUGGACGACCCGUCCAACACCCGUGCCGUCCAAUCAUUGGACGAGAUCAUCUCGAGCAUCGACAACCUCAACUCCAACCUGGUUGGCGCCGUCAGCCGCGACCUCGUCGAGCACAACACCCGCGACAUGGAGUCCAAGAUCUCUGCGCUUGCCAGCGCCAUCAGACAUCAACAGAACGACGUUGCUGUCUCGACUCUCAAGGACAUCAUCCACGACAUUAAGCGACAGGUUGCCGUCUCGCAGCCCGCUGCAUCAUACAUCGCCGUCUCGGAUCAGGACCGCGCACAACGUGUCCGCGAUCGCGCUCAGGAGCUGACCGAGGGUGGUCCCGCCUUGGUCAAGGCUGUCAAGGAGGUGAUCACCAACUUCACUGCCGAGAACCAGACUGCCGUCGCACAACAGAUUGCCCACAUCCUCGACACGAACCACGAGUUCACCAACGCCGUCCUGCUCACCACCGAGCAGGAGAUCCUCGAGAACGCUGCCAAGAUCGACGCUGACAUGCGUCGCAUCCGUCAGAAGUUGGACGCAGGCGAGCCAGUCAACAUUGGCGAGGUCAAGGCACUCGUCAGGAAGAUGAACAAUCAGAUCAAGCUGGCUCAUCAGCACGCCAACAACCUCAAGGACCCCAAGGCCAAGCAGCACCUGCUCGAGUCGACUGAGCAGCUGAACCGCCUCGUCUCACUGUUGGUCGAUGCAUGCAAGAACUCAAUGAACGACCCCGAGACCCAGCGCCAGCUCGCCGCUCUCUUGGACGGCGUCGCCAAGGCUAACAUGGAUCUGUUCAACAAUGGCGCCAAGAUGUCUGCCGCCGACGAGCUCGUCUACGGCACACCCAACCUGCUCAAGCUCAUCAGCCGUUUGGAGGAGGCCAUCGCUUCAGGCGACCCCGACGCAAUCCGUGCCGCCCUCAAGGAGCUGCAGACCGAGAUUGCCAAGCAGCUGUUCUUGGCACGCAUUGCCGAGAGCUCAAUCGACGACCCAGAGCGCAAGAAGCAGUUGCAGGACGCCAUCCUGCAGCUUGAGAUGUUGAACAACUCACUCUACCCAUCAGUCAUGGACUUCUUGGCCGACCCCAACAACCCAUUGGCCCGCGAUAGCCUCAACCAGCUUCUCCGUCGUCUCAAGGAGGGAGUCGAGAACGUGUCUGCCGCCGCAUCCACUCGUGAUCUCGAGUCCAAGUCGUUGGCCGUCGCCAAGGAGCUCACCAAGCUCGAGGCUGCCGUGCACAACAACAAGCAAUCCGAUGUCAACGAGCAUCACCAGAAGGCGCUGCAGGGCAUCAAGCAUCAGAUCCAGCUCUCCAAGCACAUCGCCGAGCAGACUAACAACCUGCCACAGAAGCGCGCCAUCAUGGACCUCACUGACCGUCUGGAGAAGCAGGCUGUGAUCCUGUCCAACGCCGUCAAGGAGUCAAUGGCCAACCCCAACAACGCAGCUGCCCGCGCCAAACUUUCCGAGGCCACCGCCGCAACUCGCGUCCUCAUGGCUCAGCUCAUUGCCGCCUCGUCCAACAAGGUUGCCGAGGAGCAGGUUGCCGCCACUGCCGCCUCGAUCAAGAAGGAUUUGCAGCACUUGGUCGACACCAUCAACACUGGCACUCCGGACGAUGUUCAGUCGGCCGUCGGCUCGUUCAAGGAGGGCGAGAUCAAGCAGAAGCUUGAGCAGCUCAAGGCCUACAACGAUCACGUCCAGGAUCCAUUCCUGAAGCGUACAAUCCGUCAAGCUGUCCAGGAGCUCGAGAAGAACGUCAACGACACCAUCACCCAGGCUGACAAGAUCUCUGGCAAGCCCACACCAGACUCACUCAGACAGCUCAAGAACUUGGCCGAGGCAUCGUCUGCCUCGUCCGACCGUGUCAUCAAGGCUGCCACCCCCUCUGCUGAGGACCGCAUCCUGUCACAGGCUGUAAAGAUCUCCGAGACUCUGGACCGUGUCCAGGCCUCCUCAAAGAAGGGUUCAAAGCCCGACGUGGAAAACAACCUCAGAGAUCUCCGCGAUGAGGUCAACGACACUGUUCAGCUCAUCAAGCAGGCCGCUGACAACACCCGCGAUCAGCAAAAGAAGGUCGCCCUCAACGACCUGGCCGAGAGACUAAAGAAUGCCCAGCAGCCAUUGGCCGCCGCUGCCAACACUGCCGCCGAGCGUCCCAACGACGCCAAGGCCCAGGCAGACCUUGCAGCUGCCAUCCAGAGCACCAAGGAGAUCCUUGGCAAGGCAGCCACCACCGCCUCCAGCAGCCCAAGCUCCCUGGUCGAGGACACUGUGCUCAAGGCCAACAAUGACAUCAAUCGUCUGCAUGCUUCUGCACAGACUGGCGACCAAAAGUCGAUCGGCGAGGCUGUCAAUGCCGUGCAGGACUCUGAGAAGCGUCUGAAGUUGAUCGGAGGUGCCACUCAAGACGCCAACAUCAAGCAAUCAUUGGACGCACUCAACAACACCAUCCCAAUUUUGGUUGGCGCUGGCAACACAUUGAUCUCCAAGCCAGGCGAUGCCCAAGCCAAGCAACUUAUCGACACUCACUCCAAGCGCGCAAUUGAGCAGCUGUCCAACACAUUGUCGCUGGCCAACUCCAAGCCCGAGGAGCACAUCAUUGCCAACGGCAGCGUGGUCAACAACGAGCUGGACAACCUCGCCAAGCAGGCCAAGAGCGGAGACAAGAAGGCCGUCGAGUCGUUUGCCGAGACCUCCCAAAAGGCUGCAUCUGAGCAGGCUUUGCUGGCCCGUGCCCUGGCCUCUCAGACCGAGAACCAACAGCGCAAGCAGGAGCUCAUCAACAAGGCCAACGCCUUGGAGCAGGCUCUGCCACAGAUCGAUGCACUUGCCAAGUCCAUCCAGAACAACCCCUCAGACAAGGCUGCCGUGGACAAGCUCGAUGGCUUGACACAGUUGAUGAAGAGCAACAACCAGAAGAUUGUCAACGAGGCACUCGGAGAGAAGGCAGACAAGGAGGCCAAGGAGCGUGCAAUCAUCGCAGAGCAACAGAGACAGGAACGCGAGCGUCAUGAGCGCGAGGAGAAGGAGCGUGCCGAGCGUGACGAGGUCAUGGCCGCCGCCCAAAAGAUCCAAGAGAGAACCAAGGAUCUGGUCAAGGACAACAGUAGCGAGGGCAAACUGUACAAUACUGCACACGGCAUUGCCGGCCUGAUGGCAGCCCUCUCCGAGGCCGCCGCCAGCAACAACAAGAAGGGCAUGCUCACCACCUCGAAGCAGCUGUCCGAGCAGGUCACCAUCUACCUGCAGCAGGCCAAGGAUACUGCAGCCAAGUGCACAGACCCCAAGCUGCGCGAGCAAAUCAUCACGGCCGCUCAGGCCGCACGCAACUGGACCGUGCAGCUCAAGAUCAUUGCCGCCGUCAAGGCAGCCAGUGAGGAGGAUGACUCCAACACCAACAAGCAACAGCUCGUCAAGUGUGCCAAGGGUCUGGCCAAGGCUGUCGUCCAAACGAUCAAUGCCGUCGAGAUUGGACAGAUCAGAGCUAAAUAA